UAUUUUGAAAUAAGAACUUCCGGUGUGAGAAGUAUGUAUUUCUGUAUGGACUAAUCUGUAGAGUCAAGUAUAGUGAUUUCAAAAACAGAUAAAUUCGUCGCUGGUGCAUGUUGUCAAAGUAUGCUUUUAUUAAAAUACGCGUGUUAGCAGACAAGAAAACGCCUACGUCAGCGUUAGUUAAUAAUUAAUCGGAUAUUAUCAACUAAGAAAGUUAUUCCAUAGGCAUGAUGGAUGCAACCUCAGAUCUAUUUUGGCUGGCGAUGCUAUUUACGCUGCUUGCAAUUAUAGUAGCAGCAGUUGUUUUGGGCAGAAAUAAAGGGCCGUCAAAGAGCACCCAUCAAACUACUGCUGUUGUAGAGGAGAGAGCUGGUCCAGAUCUUGGAGCUUCCUCACAGUAUCAUGACAAACACUGUAAUGAAACCAGACAACAGCUGCAAUCUAGUGCGAAGAGCCACAAAGCCAAAGAUGAAACUAUGAAACAUGUAACGGAUUCAAACUCAGAUAAUGUGGAAGAAGUGUGUAAGUCCGAUUCUCCAGUUCACUCCUCCACCAUUGGUUGGGGGGAGGAUUCUUCUGAGUCUGGGAUAAGGAAUGCUCUGAUGGAUUAUGUUCAAUCACAUGACACUGAGAAUAAACCCUUGAAGUACAUGGCUGGCAUGCUGAGGACCUGCCAGCUUGAAAAGAUGAUGACCAAAGAAGAACUGGAGGAAGAGCAGAGGGUUCAGCGGGAGCAGUUAGCUGCAAUCUUCCAGCUACUCAGAGACAAACAAGACACGUUCGGUGAGGUGACAGAGAGUGAUUUACAGGAACAGCUUAAACUCUACUCUAUUUGACAGAUCAGCUCAAAAGACUGUACUGAGAGACGCACCAGGAUGUCUGUAGUUUAUGUGGAUUUGGUUAAGCUCCUCGUCAUCUUUAUAGAUUUAAAUACUGUUCAAAUUAAUACCUGUCACAAAUAAUUCACAAAUGAUUUUAAUAGAUCAGAUUGAUUGAAGCCACCGACUUCAGUGAACCUAUUCACUGGAAUAUUUGAAAAUAUUCCAAAUAUGAAAAAAGGUUUUAUUUAUAUAUUUAUUUAUUGGUCAUUCUUAUAAUACUGUACAUAAAAUAAGUGAUGAAGAAUCGAAAAAGUCUGAAAAAGUUUAGUAGUAGUUUUUUUUUUACUUCACUGUAUGGGUAUAGUGCAUGUCAGUUCAAACCAAAUCCAUAUUAAAUAUGUACAGUGUGAACUGAAAUAAAAUGUUAAAUCAGGUAGAAUUACUUACUCUAGCUGUCUAUGUUACAAAGUGACACUGUGCUUAAGUUAUGCAAAAUGGACAAAUUAAUAUGCAUAUUAUUUUUGUUUUUAUAAAUAAAAAAACUUUUUGCUUUGUUGUA